UAUAGAAGCUAAGAGAGACCUUCCUCUGCUGACCUGAGAAUACACGUCCGCACUCCGGUUCAAUUCUCUGUCCUGCUGUCACUGACAAUGAACCAGAAGACCACUCUGGUGCUCCUCGCUCUGGCUGUCAUCACCAUUUUCGCCUUGGUGUGUGUCCUGCUAGCUGGUAGGGGAGGAGAUGGGGGUGAACCCGGCCAGCCUCCCCGCUGCCCCUCUGUAUCUCUUAGUGCCCAGCCCUCCACAACCCCCGGCCAGAGCCAGCUGUUUGCAGACCUGAGCCCAGAGGAGCUGACGGCGGUGAUGAGCUUCCUGACCCAGCAGCUGGGGCCAAGCCUGGUGGACGCAGCCCAGGCCCGCCCCUCGGACAACUGCGUCUUCUCGGUGGAGCUGCAGCUGCCCCCCAAGGCUGCUGCCCUGGCCCACCUGGACAGGGGGAGUCCCCCGCCUGCCCGGGAGGCACUGGCCAUCGUCUUCUUUGGCGGACAACCCCAGCCCAACGUGAGUGAGCUGGUGGUGGGGCCACUGCCACACCCCUCCUACCUGCGGGACGUGACAGUGGAGCGUCACGGGGGCCCCCUGCCCUAUCACCGACGCCCCGUACUUUUCCGAGAGUACCUGGACAUAGACCAGCUGAUCUUCGACAGAGAGCUGCCCCAGGCUGCUGGUCUCCUCCACCACUGCUGCUUCUAUAAACGCCAAGGACAGAACCUGGUGACGAUGGACACGGCCCCCCGUGGUUUGCAGUCAGGGGAUCGGGCCACCUGGUUUGGCCUCUACUACAACAUCUCAGGGGCUGGGUUUUUCCUGCACCCCGUGGGGUUGGAGCUGCUGGUAGACCACAGGGCUCUGGACCCUGCUCACUGGACCAUCCGGAAGGUGUUCUUUCAAGGCCGCUACUAUGAGAGUUUGGCCCAGCUGGAGGAGCAGUUCGAAGCUGGCCUGGUGAAUGUGGUGCUGAUCCCAGACAACGGCACAGGUGGGUCCUGGUCCCUGAAGUCCCAGGUGCCUCGGGGUCGGACUCCUCCUCUGCAGUUCCACCCCCAGGGCCCCCGCUUCAGUGUCCAGGGGAGUCAAGUGGCCUCCUCACUGUGGACUUUCUCCUUUGGCCUUGGAGCUUACAGUGGCCCAAGGGUCUUUGACAUCCGCACCGUCCACACCCACAGCGCCCACUUCAAGGUGGACCUGGACGUAGCAGGACUAGAGAACUGGGUCUGGGCUGAGGACAUGUCCUAUGUCCCCACGGCGGUCCCCUGGAGCCAUGAGCACCAGAUGCAGAGGCUGCAGGUGACCCGCAAGCUGCUGGAGACUGAGGAGCAGGCCGCCUUCCCCCUGGGAGGCUCCGCACCCCGCUACGUGUACCUGGCCAGCAACCACAGCAACAGGUGGGGUCACCCGCGGGGCUACCGCAUCCAGAUGCUCAGCUUUGCUGGGGAGCCACUGCCGCAGAACAGCUCCCUGGAGAGAGCCUUCAGCUGGGGAAGGUACCAGCUGGCCGUGACCCGGCGGAAGGAGGAGGAACCCAGCAGCACCAGCAUCUACAAUCAGAACGACCCUUGGACGCCCACCGUGGAUUUCACUGACUUCAUUGACAAUGAGACCAUUGCUGGAGAGGACUUGGUGGCCUGGGUGACAGCUGGUUUCCUGCACAUCCCACAUGCAGAAGACGUUCCCAACACGGUGACGGUGGGGAACGGUGUGGGCUUCUUCCUCCGACCCUACAACUUCUUUGACCAGGAUCCUUCCUUCGAUUCUCCUGAUUCCGUCUAUUUCCGGGGGGACCAGGAUGCUGGGGCCUGCGAGGUCAAUCCCCUGGCCUGCCUUCCCCAGGAUGCAGCCUGUGCACCCGAACUCCCUGCCUUCUCCCACGGGGGCUUCUCUCACAACUAAGGGGGUCCCUGGGAUGGGCAAUGUGGCCAGGGGCCCCAGGCCCAGCGUGUGUGGGGAGGGGAGCAGUGGGCACUGGGCCAAGCAGCCUGGUACCCUCUUCUCCUUCCUUCCACCCCUGAGUUCCCCGCCUCUCCUUCCCCCAGACCCCUCUGUAGGGCCCUCCCUGACACCCCCUCCCUGCUGGGAGCAUCCUGAGCGUGGGGGAGGGGCAGAGACACAACUCAGCUUUGUUGGCCCCAGACCUGCUGCGUUCCUGGACCAGAUAGAAUGGCCAGUGAAGCCUGGACUGAUGGCCAAGGUUUUCCCAGAGACUCCUGUUUUUUUGUGGUUUUGCUUUUGUUUUUGAUUUCUGGCUUUCCCAAAUCUUUUUCACCUAUCUCGGGGUCUCUCCUGAGCCUCCUCAGUCCCUCCCUUGGGAGGCGAGGUGGUGUUUCUGCACGGGGGAUAGUCCCCUAGAACCCCCAGGGCAAGGUUCCUGCCAGGCCUACACAUCCACAGAUAAGCUAGAAGGGGUUCCUUAGCCCAUGUUCCUCUUAGCCAAGGCCUCCUUAUUUCCCCUCUUCUUCCUUUUGCCUACUGUCUCCUCUUCACUUUCCUACCUGUUCUUAUAUCCUGGGAUUUCCCUCCCAGCCCUGAGAGGAUGUUCCUCUGUCCUGAUGCUCCCCUAGUCUUGGUUUCUCAACUUAGUUCUCCUCCUCUGGCUCUAUGUCUGUGGAAGUCUCAAAAAUGCAAGGGACAUCUAGUUUGAAAGGACAAUCCCUGUCUGUCCCCCCUGUAUCUGUCACAUACUGGACUAGGAGUUGUCCCCACCCCUGUCCUGGGGCAGGCCAAGAAAGUUCCCUCCGCCCCUUUGUAUUCACCUGCCUUGCUGUCUCUGGCAGAGGAUGGCCACACACACAGCAGCACCAGCUCAAGUUAGGCUUCGAGGUGGAUGUGUAGGUAUGGUGAUAAUGAGGCGUGGUGGUUUUUGCCAGGGGUGUAUGUGGCCAGUGACCUCUACUCUGCAGCAACAGACAUGGAAGGCUGGUGGGCACCAAUGGUGAGAAGCAGCGAGACCCUGGAAUUC